AUGGUCAUGGAUGAAGAAAAGCAAGCGAUUGUAUCAUCAUCAUCAUCAUCACAAAGAAAGAGAAGAUACAAGAAGCUAAUGAUUGCAUCAUCAUCAUUACCAGACGAUGUCGUAGAAGAAAUCUUCUUGAAACUUCCGGUCAAAGCCCUAAUGAGAUUUAAGUCUCUCUCAAAACAAUGGAGAUCGACGCUCGAGUCUUGCUAUUUCUCACAGAGGCACUUGAAAAUAGCCGAGCGAUCACAUGUGGAUCAUCCAAAAGUCAUGAUCAUCACUGAAAAAUGGAAUCCAGACAUAGAGAUUAGUUUUAGGACUAUCUCUUUGGAAUCAGUUAGUUUUUUAUCCUCUGCUCUUUUCAAUUUCCCUCGCGGAUUCCAUCAUCCCAUCUACGCUUCUGAAAGCUGUGACGGAAUUUUCUGCAUUCAUUCCCCAAAAACACAAGACAUAUAUGUAGUUAAUCCAGCAACACGUUGGUUCCGACAACUUCCUCCGGCUAGGUUUCAGAUCUUUAUGCACAAGUUAAACCCCACUCUAGAUACUUUGAGAGACAUGAUACCAGUCAAUCAUCUAGCAUUCGUGAAGGCCACUGAUUACAAAUUAGUGUGGUUGUAUAACUCUGAUGCCUCGAGAGUUACUAAGUGCGAGGUUUUUGAUUUUAAGGCAAACGCUUGGAGAUACUUGACUUGCAUACCAAGUUAUCGAAUAUAUCAUGACCAAAAGCCAGCAUCUGCAAACGGGACGCUUUAUUGGUUCACGGAAACAUAUAAUGCAGAAAUCAAAGUAAUAGCUUUGGAUAUUCACACCGAAAUAUUUCGGUUGCUGCCUAAGCCUAGCCUUAUUGCUAGUUCAGAGCCUAGCCAUAUUGACAUGUGCAUUAUAGAUAAUAGUUUGUGCAUGUACGAAACAGAAGGGGAUAAGAAGAUCAUCCAAGAGAUUUGGAGGUUGAAAUCAUCGGAAGACGCAUGGGAGAAGAUUUAUACCAUAAAUCUGCUUUCUUCUUCUUAUUGCCAUUUCCAUGUUCUCGAUGGAUAUAAUUUGACCAGAUUAUGUUAUUGGACCCAAAAGGAUUUGGUUGAGUCAUCCACACCGGUGGCGAUAUACAAGGACAAGAAGAUCAUACUCUCACAUCGCUAUACCUGCAAUCUGGGUAAACGCUUGGAGGUACUUGAAUUGCACGCCAAGUUAUCGAAUAUACCAUGCCCAAAAGCCAGCAUCUGUAAACGGGACGCUUUAUUGGUUCACAGAGCUAUAUAA